AUCUUUUCUUUCUUUCUUCAUUUGUUUCGUCCAUGUUCGAACGUCCUUCCAAGACACUUCAACAUUCAUUAUUUCAUGUAUUGGAGAAUGCUCAAGAAUAUGUAGCGGAUGUAUGCUUUCAAUACCCUAAUCAACCAGACUUGUGGGCUCACAAAGCACUUUUAUUGGCACGAGUACCUGAGCUUUUUAGAAAUAAAUACAUGUCUGUUUUAGACAAAAGUGAUGAUCCAACCAUUUAUCUGGACAUUAGUGUUGUCAUCCCUUACACAACACUCCGUCAACUUCUCCGCUUUUGGUACAUUGCUGAUUUUUCGGCGCCUCUAGACGAAGCCUCCUUGUUAUCUUCCCACAUUGCUGGUCUAUCACUUACCGAAGCUUCCUCUGCUCUGCAAUCUGAAGUAGAGGCUUCUAUUCGACAUGAAAUUGCACUACUCGAGAACAAAUUGGCUAUGCCUGUACUACCUAUUUCGACCACAAUGAGUGAUACAGAACAAUGGACUGCAGAUCUCAAACGAAUGAUGGAUGAGAAAAUAGCUACGGAUGUUGUCGUCAAUAUAUUUAACGCUACCAAAAAAGAGGAUCUUCCGUUAAAUCAUGCUUCCUUUCCUGCUCAUCGUUUCAUCUUGGCAAGUCAGUCACCUUAUUUUUAUGCCGUCUUUUGUACUGAGUUUAGAGAAGCAUCAACAUCCUCAGUUCACAUGCCUUCCGACCUGUUCUCAUCUACCACACUACAAGUCAUCCUUCAUUACUUUUACACAGAUGCACUCAUCUUACCUUCCUUUGUACCCGUAUCUAAACAUGUGUCCAAACUGAACGAGAAGAAACAUGAAUUACGCAUUCUUCAAAAGGUCUUUGCCGCAGCUGAUUUCUUGGGUCAUCAGGAGACUAUAUGUAAAGCGGUACUGGUCAAGAUGUCUAUUCUUUGUCAUCAUUUUAAAUGUGUGUGCUCUGAUUGUGCUAUUCUCUUGCCUUCCAUGUUGUUAUUUGCUGACAAAAAUGAAAAAUAUCUUCCCAAGCUGAGAUCCAAGCUUAUUGCGCUUUAUGCAGAUCCUUUGGAUUCAUUGGCUCCCCUUUGGUCUCAAAAACCUUUUGCCAUCUUGGUCAAUUCCAUGGCUUCUGUCACACCCGUUACCACCACAUCGACCGUGACCGAUGGUGCUCAGGUUAUUUCGCAAAUAUUUAACAGUAAAGUCACUAUCCCUUCACCCAUCUCACCCACUCCCACACUCGACAGCAACCAGUCAUUGACUUCAUCAGUCACAUUGCCUGAAUCCAACCUCAUUACAGAAAUCACUGAACGAACAUUUGCAAAUAUUACCAAACACAAUUCUGUCCGUGUACUACACUCGUUGCAUCUCUGUCUUUCCUACCUCCGUGGCGCGGACCCUUUCCCAACCUGGUCACAACCCACAUUAAAUAUUUUAAACCAAUUCCUCCACAGCACCGUGGAUAUGAUUUCUUCCAACUUUGAUUACUAUUGUGUCGAAUAUCCCAUCUUACUUUCAUGUGUCGAUGGCAUUGGUUUUGGUUUCUCGGUAGAUUUUUUGGGAUUUGUCUUGAAACGCGUAUUGACCGAAGGUAUUCAUGAUGGAAAUGCUGCUAUUCUUUAUCAAGGCAUUGUGCGUGAUUUAGGUGGAAGACAAGAGAUGGUACGCAAUGUCGCAGUGGAUAGUGUCUUAUUGGAUGGUCGUGUAAAAUCCGCACAAUAUAUCGCCAAACGCUGGAUGUCUGUUAAGGCUGCUGGUGGGUUUGUUACAAUUGAAAAGGACAUUUUGAGACUUUUGGCUGAAGAUAUAAAUGUACCGAUCCGUAACUUGACAAAGCCAUUAGAAAAUGAUUUUUCCUCCGCCAUUUUUAGCUUCAAACCUAAAAAGGUCCCUAAUACUUCUGUUGCACGGGCAGUUUCUAAGGAACACGAAACCGUCACUCCCGUUGCGUUAAAGAGAUUAUCGGUUGGCCCGGAAGAACCCAAAAGCUAUCCAAAGAUUGUAGGUCGUACACGAUCCUUAUCGGCCUCCACAAGUAGUCAUGACUCGAUCUUGAAAAAGGAAAGCAAGUCGCAUCAUUCGGAUUCUGAGGAACGCGUAUCUAUCCCACGACGCAAAUCGAAUACCAUGCCUGCUUACAGAACUUAUAAGAGAAAUGGAUCGACUGGGUCUUUGACAGAUGCAUUGUUACCCAUUGAAGCACCUAAAGACACCGAUAAAAAGGAAACAAAUGAAAAGGAUCUUCCUCGUCCUACCCGACUCCGAUUUGCUUUACCAGAUACCCCAAGCCGAGCAAGUAAGCACGGACCACGUCUCAGUGCCAUUCAGAAUAAUACCAGCAGCAAUGUAAACAACAAUAGUAUGAACAUGGCUCAAAAAGCGUCUGCUCGAAAGAAGAAGAGAGCAAAAUCGCCAGGUAAAUCGAGAUGGAGCCUUGGAUAUAGCACAAGUGAUAGUAGUGAUGAUGAAGGAAACCCAAAGAAGAAAAAUCAUGCACCAAUGAUUGGACAAAAGAUUGAAUUGCUUCGAAGACCUUUGCCUACGCAAGGUACUAUCAAGUACAUUGGUGAUGUUGAUUUUGCAAAAGGUGUUUGGGUCGGUGUAGAGCUAGAAUCAAGAUUGGGAAAUAAUGAUGGAUCUGUCGAUGGCAAACGAUAUUUUCAAACGUUUCCUCAAAGAGGUGUGUUUGUUAAAAUUGAUGAUUUUAAAAUUCUCUCGAACGACAAGAAAUAAUUCGUCCCUCUUACUAAAAACAACAACAACGUAUUAUCAUAUAUACCCCCCUCUCCCUCAUAAUUGAAUCAUAUAUAAUAUCUUAAUCACCCAUAAUAAUAAAUCUAUGUAAUUUACAUUGUAGCUUAA